GUGCGCAAGCGCAGUGCGCUGGCCCCUCCCCCGCCCGCCGUCGGCGUCGCCGGGUCCCGCUCGGUGUCUGGCGGCGGCGGCGGUAGCGGUGAGGUGGUGCCGCCGCGACCGGGGGCCGCUCGACCCCGGGAGGAGCCGUCCGCACCGUGGGGGCCGCCCCCUGCCCGGGGCUGCCCGGCCCCCGUCCGCCCGCGGGGCGCAGGAGAUUCAGUUUUAGAGGUGUGUGGAGGCUGUUACCACUUACCUUAGAAUAUUCAAACUAGACACCAGGGGCCAGUUCUCUCUUCAGGUUCAAGAUGGCAGACCAGAGGCAACGUUCGCUCUCUACCUCUGGAGAAUCGUUAUACCAUGUGCUAGGGUUGGACAAGAACGCCACUUCGGAUGAUAUCAAAAAGUCAUACAGGAAACUUGCAUUGAAAUAUCAUCCUGAUAAAAACCCUGAUAAUCCAGAGGCAGCAGAAAAAUUUAAAGAGAUCAAUAAUGCACAUGCAAUAUUAACUGAUGCCACAAAGCGAAACAUUUAUGAUAAGUAUGGUUCUCUGGGUCUGUAUGUAGCAGAGCAGUUUGGUGAAGAAAAUGUGAACACGUACUUCGUGCUAUCCAGCUGGUGGGCAAAGGCCUUGUUUGUGUUCUGUGGGCUCAUCACAGGCUGCUACUGCUGUUGCUGUCUGUGCUGCUGCUGUAAUUGUUGCUGUGGGAAGUGUAAACCUAAACCUCCUGAAGGUGAAGAGCAGGAAUACUACGUCUCUCCAGAGGACUUGGAGGCACAGUUGCAAUCAGAUGAAAGGGAGGCCUCAGACGCACCUAUUGUGAUACAGCCAGCAUCCGCCACAGAGACAACCCAGCUCACAGCUGACUCUCACCCCAGCUACCACACUGAUGGAUUUAAUUAAGUUAAGGAUACACUGUAAUUAGAAUGGAUUUAAAAAAAAAAAAAAUACAUGGCCAACUCAACACUAGAAUCAUGAACAUUAGCAGUAGAGAACGGGGAGGGGGAAUAAUUCUGCCACAGUAAGAAGGCAGCUUUCCAACCUGCCGAAAAUAUUUUGUAAUCCCUUCAGCCUUUUGUCACCUUUCAGUGUCGUAUCUUGAUGAUACGUGAAGUGCUGUAGCAUGCAGUAUUUAAAGCAGUUUAGCUACGGUCUUAAUUGUUUCCUUUUUUUUUUUUUCCUUUUCUUUUCCUGUUUUUUUUAUAGCAUGUAUGGAGUUAUGUUAAAUGUCUGUGGUGUAAUGUAUUGAGUUGUCACAAUAUAAGUGUGAUGGAGACAUUCUGCAUUUUAAGCAGUGGUACUGGCCUAAAAAUGAGAUUUAAAAAGUUUCACAGAAGCCACCAUUCUUCCAUACAGCUGAGCUGUCGAAGACCUUUAAAAGUUCAUGAUUUUCAUUUGAGUGCAACAAAUCAAUUCUUUUAUUCCUCCUUCUAUUCCUGUGUUGUUAUCUAAGCAAGUUUACAAAGCCAAGAACCAAAAAAUGCCAGUCCUGCAGAGCUGGAGUUCUCUCUAAUGCUGGUUUUCAGCUUAAAUAAAUCUACCUUGAAAAAUAAAAAAGGGAGAGUUUCCAAUCUUUGAAAGGUAAAAACAGCUCUUUACGUGUAAGGCGAUCUUCAGUGACAAUGUAACCGCAAACUGUAGCUUGCCACAAAACCAGCUGUGACUGGGCUUAUUUGGUGGUGGCGGUGGGAUUUUAACUUCAAGCACAAUUCUGUUUUGGUUUGAGUUCAGUCGUUUUCCUGAAAUGCUAAAGACCAAAUAGUGCAGCUUUUUUUGAAUGCAUGAGAAUCUUAAAGUGAAACUGGUUAAUUGGUUUUCACUGAGCAAGUGAGUAAAACGCAGACAGUGGGCAACAGCAUAAAUGUUUAAAAAAAAAAAUUGGGUUUUAAAAAUGUGUUCUAAUAAUUUGAGAUUCUGAUAGACAAAUGGGUUAUUACGUAUCUUUUUUUAAAGCUUUUAUAAUAUACUAGCCCUUUAAUUUUCUCAUGAAUAGCUUUGUGGAGUACUUAAAUGGAUUUUUAAGAACAAAACACCUUUCUUUGUGUUUAUGUUGUAUAAUUUGCACAUUGUCUUGCAUUUAGAUGUGUUUACACCGGUGUUUUUCUUUUCCUCAGAACAGCUAUGGGGAAACCAUUGAAAGGUUUCCUGUGCUAUUUUGAAACCAAAUCAUGUUUGAAUAUUGUUUUAGAACCUGUGGUUUAUUGAAAUUUAACUGUUUAAAAAUCAUUUUAGGCAGCAGCUGAAUUGCUGGUAUAUUUUGUUGUUAAUAAUCUUGCUUUAGAUGUUAUGGAGUCAGGAUCCCAGAGAACCUACACUUGGCACUUUUAGCAGUUAAUUACAGCCUCUUUAAUUUUGAUUUAUAUGGUUUUAUAUCACAAUGCCUCUGCUGUCUUUUGUAUCCCCCGUCUCCCCUGUUCAUUUUUCACCUAUUUCUGUUGAGGCUAUUUGCAGCCUUCCACACGGCGUUUGCUUUGAAGGUCUGUCAUGCUGCUCUUUUACAAGAUCCAGGUAUUACUUUUGAAUGGGGUAAAGCACUGUUGGUCUGUAAGAAAACCCUCAGAAAAUGAAGGGCACUCUCCUGCCAGAGAAUCGUUCUGUAUUUUCACGCUAUCUUUGCAUGAGCUGGAAACGAUGGAGCACAUAAAAUCAGAUGUGAAACCAUGUUAAACAUCCUGGGUAGAAGAAAAUGCGAAGUGGGGGAUGUUUGCACAAUCAGACUUUCCUGUAGCUGUUGGUACAAGCACGUCUCUUGCCUGCAUGUGAGCUUGUUGCGAAUAAGCAUGCUUUUGAUAGCACAUCAGGUCCCAAAAAUUCAAAAAGAAAUGUUACUUUUAAUUAACUGGUUAGAUUUCAGCAGCACACUUGUUAAGUCAUUUCUUCCUCGUCAAUAAUCCUUUUAGACCUGAAACUUGGUGGUUUAUUGGAAGAUACUUUUAACUUUUUCAGUCUGGAGAACUCUCUUGGGUGGCCUUGAGGACAGUUGUGUAUGAUUUGGCUUGAGGUCCUUGUUUAAUUAAAGUCUUGGUUUGACCCCUUGGAAUGAAAAGCAAUGUUUAGGCUUAAAAAAGUAACGUCACAUUGGCUGUCCUUGUAGAUUUUGCCUGAAGCCUGUUCUUGACGUUGAACUGCACACUGGAAUAUGCUUGAAUAUCUGCAGGCUUUGUCCCCUAAAAACUCACUGGUUAAAAUUGUGUAAAUUAUGUUUUUGGUUUAAAAAAAAAAAGUGUUGGGGUGUUUUUUGGCUUUGUAAAUGAGCAUAGUUGGUCAGAGUGAUUCGGAUGAAUGAGGAAAAGGCUGUUUCCCUUGUACCAUAGUUUCUCCUACUCCGUCUCCCUGUGUUCAUCUAGGUGGGUAACACAAAGCUGGUGGUUGCUCCGCUGCGGAACAUCUGUGACCCCCGAUGCUGGGGGCUGGGUGUCAGUGUUAAUUUGGAAUAAUACUCUUACUUCUUAACCCCUCUAGGCUACUUCUGCUGCACCAGAAAGGUUGGUGGGAGGUUGUGGCUCCAGGGAGGUGUGUAACACUCCUGGAGCCGGAACCAAAACGUGGGCAGGGAAUGAGGAUUAGAGGCGAUACCGUUACCCGUGUUUCGUGUUGCUGAGGAAAAGGUGACAUCCAGGAUAAAUUUGUGGGUUUAGUUCUUUGCUGAGCAAGGCAUGGGGUUGAGAGAGACUGCUUUUCUUUCAGAUGUGUCCGUGGGUGGUGUGUGGAUAGUAAAUUAGUCUGUGUGCUGUUACAUGCCAGAAUGAUGUGUUAGAUGCUCCAAGGGAAACUACUCUGAGAGCCCGGUAAAAGGGAAUGACAGAAAAACACGUUUUUAGAUGAAUAUUCAUGGUUCUUGAAACUGUUUUAAGUUUGCCCAUGUUGCUCUAUAAUCUCUGAAUUUAAGAUGAUUGUGUAUUAAUGUAGUUCUUGAACUACAUAAGAAAGCUAUCUAAACAUUGCUGCUUUAAAUCGAAAAUUGUGUAAUCGGAAGAUCAGUAGGUUAAUGCCCACCUUUUUUCUGCUCCUGUAGGUAAGGUACAGGAGUAUCCUGCGCUAACACGAGUCACACUUCAAAAUGGCCAAGUUGAAUCCUAGGGAAUGCAAAGUUGUAUUGGAAAUAAUGAUUAAAAAUCUGGUGCAGAGAUCACUCAGCAGUUCUGAGCUUGGGCGGAUGGAGCUGUGGUGUCCCUGCCGGAGCUGCAGUACCAUAGCAUUGCAGGCACUGCAGCCCAUUACCUGGCUUACGUGCAGAAUGUUUCCUUCCAAAACUAAACCUGAGCACAGUUGAUCAGUUCAGCGUGCUGCCAGAACUAAAACUUGAGCUUUGAUUUUUUUUUUUUUCCGCUGUUGUUUCUUAAAAGUUGUAUCAUUUUUUACAAGUUGCCUGAGGCCUCUGUUUCAGUAGAUCGGCCACCUCCAUCUAGCUCAUUGAACCUCUUCAGCACCAAUUUUCUUAGCGCUUGUAGCUCCUCCUGACGAGGAGGAGUAUCGGCGAGAAUCUGAUCAGGAGACCUUCUGCUGGCUGGUGUUAAGGACCACUGACUUUAUUCCUGAGUUGUGUUGCGUCGAGAGCCAUCCGUAGCUUAGGGUGAGUAGGGAAAGCUGCUGCCUCGCUGCAGAGAGGGCUCAGGCACCAUCCAUCCCUCCUGCCCGCGGCAGAGCUGCCGGAGAAGGAGGUGGUUUGUGCUGGACCUGCGGUGCCCUGUCCUCCCUGGGGAUGGGGAAAUCCCUAACGCACUGUAGUACAACCAAUUGUACGCUUCACUUGAAGUGAACGAAGGGGCAUUGCACCUGUUAAAUGCCAGUUUCAUUUUGUUAGUGAUGUUUGUAGGAAAUUCUUAACUAUUUAUCUGUAUAUACAUUUGUUUAUGUAAACCUCAGUGGCAAUAGGGUGUAGAUUUCUGCUGAUUCCACACAGUGACGUUUUAGAGCCAUGUUACCUUUUUAGUCUUAUUUUUAGAUUUGUAAUAUUUUUAAACUGCUUUAGAUAUUAGUGCUCAUAGUGUUCUUAAAACGUGAUGCUGUUCGGGGUUUGGGUGAGCACAGCCUGCAGUCUGAACCUGCUGAGGAGGAAGGCUGGAGCACGGUACAGAGAAAUACCGAGUCCUGCAGCAGUGCCGUGGUUGACCCUCCCUGUCACCCUAAAAACACUACAGGUGUAACCAGGGCAGGAGCCUGACUGGAAAGAUUCCUGUCCCAUCUAUAAAGCAGUUGUGUUGUGUGGUGCAGAGGGACACCAGUGUGCUUUUGGGGGGGGUUAUAUCAGAGCAUUCGUACCGAGAGAGGUACCUGCUGUUCUCAACUACUUUCUGCCCUUUGUCUGUCCGGUGCCCUUUGGUGUUCUCGACAUUUCCAGAUAAUUUAGGAAAUGAGUUUGUGCUGCAGGUUUUUCCUACCCGAUGCAACUGGAUAUUGGCGUCAUGUUUAACAGGAGAUUCUGGCAAGGUGGUCAGGGAGACUUUUGCAGCCCCUGCCUCGCGUUAAUAAUUCUGGAUGCUGUUUAAAUAUGCAUUAAUCUUAGAGCACUGAAACGUAACCCCCCCAGUACAAGUGUUUAUAGUGUAAGGUCGGUAUAAACUUAACAUGCUUAAUCAUUUGAUGCCGCUUCUCUGUAUUAUAGUGGAAAUCAUCUAGUUUGUAGCGUAUCAUUCCACUCAACAACUGCUUAAAAUAUCUUGAAAGAAAUGUAACUGAUAGCUAACAAGGUGGCAGGAAAUUUGUCAGUGUUCAAGUCCUGCAAGAACCGUAGUCUGCUCCACGUCCUGCGUUGGGAGGCUUACCUGCUAUCUGGGACUCGGCAAGACUGAAAUUCCCAUUUCCUUCCAAGAGGAUGCUUUCUUUACAAGAAGAAACUGUGUGAGGGAAGCUGUCUGUCUUUGACAUUUGCACAAGCCAAAUGCCAUAAAUCUGGAAGACAAACCUUCGUUUGGAAAUCAAAUGCCAAUGUUACAUGCACAGUUCAUUUUGUUGUUAAAAGGAUAGAUGCUGGGAAUUUCUGGUGGUUAUAUAUAUAUGUAUAUGUAUAGAGGAAGCUCUUAUAUAAAAUGGCCAUUCAUUCUCGAGUGCUGUUGUCUUCUCUGCUCCCUUUCCCGCACAGCCAGCCACGUGGGUGUACUCUUGCAGUCUGAGAGCGGUUGCUUGUCAUACCCUUCCAAAAAUUUAACGAUCUACUUGAAUUCUGCGAGCGGCCCCUUGUCCGCGGCCCCUCGGGCUGGACCUAGGCUCUGCCUGCUCCAGCUUCCCUUCGGAGGAGGAAAGGGAAGAAGCCCAACGUGGCGAGGGGCCAUCUCUGGAAUGACUUGGACUUGUGCGGGCUGGUACGUGGGAUGUCUUGAAAUGUGGUGGAUGCGCUCAUCGCCGGAGGCGUAAGAGAACACCUUGAUUUGGGUUCUUCCCUUACAGUAGUUUUCACCAGGUCGUAAUCCCCAAAGCGGGACUCGGUGAGCUCACAGAGCAAGGUCCAAACCCGCGCUGUAGGCUUCGGGUUGCAACAUCAUGUGUGUGUACGUAUGUAUAUAUGCACAUAUGUAUAUAUUUAUACAACAGGUGUGCGCCUAGUACUUGCUGCUGUUUUUUCUUCGGUGGUAAAAAUGUGAAAUUUGGCUCAAAGUAGUGCUGUGAGCUCUCAGCCAGACAAGUGGAAGGUGUCAGUUUUGUGUGUCCAGAAUUGUGCUUUCUCCUUUCAGCUGCAGGAAAAAACCAAACAAGAUUUGUCAGGUGAAAUGACUGGUGAGGGGAACGGUGGAAGGAUCCUGUUGUAUAAAUAAAUGGAUAGUACAAGUGGGAGAGCUGUGCUUUUUGAAAAGGAAAAGCAAUCUUCUACUCGCGAGGUCUUCCCUCCUUGCUCAAGUGAACUUACACUUGAAUAAUGUGGCGUGCUUGCACAGUCUGGUCCAGUUUCUCAAUUUACAGUGCUUGCAGGUUGGAUUCACGAGGACUUGGGGUUAUUGUGAGUCAUAAAACUGAAGUUAGGUGCUGGUCUGUGUGAAGGCACAAGGAUUGUGGCCAGCGUAUGUGAGUACCACCACUUCACUUCCACUCGUACCAGGCAGAGCCUGCGGCCAGCCCUCCGCAGCUGUUUUGUUCCAGGGGCUGCUGCCCGACACGCACAACCCCGGGGGGUUCUGUGGCAUGGCAGCAGUGGGGGAAUAUUGGGGGGAUUGCUUUACCGCUUACAUGUUUGGAGUUCUGUUUGUGUCCACGGUAGAUGAACUCCGAGGUUUGCCACGUUCCAAACUCUCGAUGUUUCCUCGCCUGGAUGCGUUCCACCUGAGCCCGUUGCUGUCAUUCCUCCUUCCAUCGUCCCCACCUUCGCCCGCUUUUCUGGGGCUGGGUGUGGAUGGUUUGGUUUGUGUUAUCGCAGACAUCCGAGGCGGUUUAUAUUCAUUUUGCAUGUGAGCAAGGCCCUGAACUAAGUAAUUCGUCACGGGGUUUGGUUGUAUUGGCCUCUUUACGAAGCCUGAGAGAGCUCAGGACGCCGGGAGAGAAUGCGUUCUGCGUUUGCACUGUACUUCACCUCGGCCGGGGCGGGGUGGGGGGAGCCCAUCUUUAAAAAAGAAAAAAAAACUUGUAAAAAACCAAAAAAACCCCCACAAUUGAAGUAUAAAUGCAUCUGAAAAGCAAUUAUAAUAUAGACAUAUAUAUAUUUUGUUAUGUUACUAAAGGACCAUACUUGGAGUUGUAUGUAAGUAGAUGUGGCUGUCUGAACUUUGUGGAUUGUAACACUCGAUACUACUGAGCUCCUGUACAUACACGCAGUUAUGGCAGAAGGAAUUAUUUUAUGUUUCAGCAUGGUAAUUUGUGUAUCGUAUGUCUGAAUAUAAACUAAAAUAAAGAUUGCUAAGUUAUCUGAAACCACUGUUGUAAAAUAAAUGUUUUCAAUGCAGAAA